CACACUCGUACAUUCACUUCGUACACUCCCCUUACUUUACGACUGGAGCAAGUGUGGAAUUACAACAGAAUAAUCCAUAGCGAACACAGCUCUCCGAGAUGCCGCCUCCAGGUCGUGCCCAACAACAGCGCGUCGUCGAACCGUCGAUGCCAUUCACCCCAUGGCCACCCCAGGAGAUUGUCAACUUUUACUACAGUGGACUCAACAUCGAAUGUUCGCAAGAGGACAUUGUGAAACCGACCCAAACUUUUGUCAUGCAAUUCUAUGGCCGGAUUCUGGAAGAUGCAUGGAAGAUCAACAGCGAGAGCGCGGCGGAACAUCGAUCGGUAUAUCUGAACAUGCUGGCGUACGGCAGGGAGCUUUAUGACGAGCCGAUGAAGUUUGCCAUGUUCUUCAAACAUCUACGAGACUUGGCAUUGCUUUGCGGGGUACCUUCGUUCAGCCAUGCCGAUCUGCUUCGACCAGAACCUGUUCGAUUUCGAUCAAUAGUAACAGCAAUCGCCAACUUUCUGAAGUUCAGGACUGCCAACGGGGAGUAUUUUGACCAACAGGUAGAACGACUGGAUACGCAACGGGAGAGUAUCGUCCGGUUGGAGGAUGAUCUCGCAGCGGUUCGCGCAGAGAUCGAGCAGAUCAACGAGAAGAAUGAAGAGAAUGCACCUUUCGUCACGGAAGCGCGCCAUCGUAACGAGGCACUAGAGGCCGAGAAUUCCAACUUGCGUGUCGAAAGCGGCAAGGUCUACGACACUGCCGCCGCGCUCAAGGUCGAGCGCUCAGGUAUCGUCGCCGAAGUGCAGAACAAGGUCGAUCAGGUCGUUUCGCUUCAGGAUGGCAACGAGCGGAUCAGGAUGCGAAUUGUCAAGAGCCCGGAAAAGCUCAAGAGGAAUCUGGAGGACAUGACCAAGCAGCAGGCCGAGUUGAGGACCAACCUGAGAGAUUGCUCUCGGAAGGGAAGAGAGCUGGCGACGCGUCUUGACGUCAUGGCCGGGUUGGAAUUGGAUCUGAAAGGGCUCAUCGAUCUCGCACAAGGCAUCGAGGCAGACAAGAAGAAGUUGUCCGACUUGAAGAUGUACCUCCAGCGAACUUCCAAUGUUCUGGGAGAGCGCGAGAUCGAGAAUAAUGCUGCGAUCAGCAAGAUCGAGCAACUCGAACGGCAGAUCAAACUCGCCAACGAGAAGCUGGCGAGACAGGUCCAGAGCGGCGAGGAGAUGCGCCAACAAGCAAAGGAGGAGAUGGAUCAGCUCAAGGCCGAGUACGCUGCAAAGGCAAAAGAACGGACAGUCACGUUGCGAGAGGUAGACAGCCGUCGCGCUGACAAGAAGAUGAUCGAGGACGAGAUGCGCAAGUUUAGGGAGGAACAGAAAAAGCAACUCGACACAUUGACGGCUGAAUACGCAAGCGUGCGAGAUGCUAUGGAGACCUACAUGGAGCAGAUCGCUAUGAGGUUGGGACUGAUGCCAGAAGCUUAGAGCUUAGACUUCGCGAUUCUCGGACCACGGGACAUCCUUUUUGAUUUUGUUCAUGUCAUCAAUUAUAACACCCAUCGACUUGUACAAUAUGCUCCUGCCCGAACAAUGAUGAUUUUGUAUGUUGCCGCAUAGGAUCUCCGGGACC